AUGGCGCAAGAGACGGCACCGCCAGACUCGCCCUUGGAUGCGUUUGCGCCUGCGCCCGACGACAUCGAACAACUCGACCAAUUCCGCCGUUCGCCCCACCCGUACUUGCAUCAUAGAGAUCAGCUACGGAGACGGUCGCCAGAUCCGGCGCACGACGUUUCUCUGCACUCGCAAUCGCAAUCGCAAACCCCGCCUCGGCCCCUAGACAAGACCAUGAGGAAAACGCCGUCACAAUCACCAAGUGAAAGCGGCACCGAGGCCGACGACGAGGGCUGCAGCCUUGUCAAGGCACUGCCUGCUCCUCCCUUGCGACCGCACAAGGGCCUCCGUGAGUCCCAGGCAUUGGGCACAGAGGCGUGGGCGAGCCCCCUCCUCACCCCCACACAGAUUGACGAUGAGGGGAGGAAGCUCUCCGAGGGCUACUUCGCUCGCAACAACAAGACGAGACGCAAGGGAGACGUAUACCAUAGCGACGACGAAGCGAGGGCGGCCAGGCAGAGAUACCUCCAGCGGCGGCGCAACGAGCUGGUCAGGAGAACGACCGAGACUGCAUUGCUUGCGGGCAUUGCCGUCCUGGCUGUCCGUGGUUGCGACUGCUGGACCAAACUGCUGGCAUGGCAUAGAGUAGAGCUGUUGACACACUGUUCUGUCAUGGCUGGCGUUUUGGGGCUAUAUCCGCUUCGGCUUCUGUACUACUCAUGGAGAAAUCACUCUCAACUCCGGCUUGGCCGUCAAAUACAUCUACCAGCCGCCUUCGAUCCGGCCACUAUCCUCUACCCCCCAAUAUUGCCCGUCCUGAUUGCGAUCUCCCUGUUUGCCUCAUCGUCAAAGCCCCUUCUACCCAACAUGUUGCUUGGACUAGCCGCUUUACCAGCCAGGCUUGUUCCUUUCAGAAGCGCUACCUUGGGCUACUCUCCUCUGCACUGGCUGAUAUCCAUCAUGCCCCUGAUCGUUUCAGAGAACACCGAUAUACCCUCUCGGCUGUUUGCACAGACACCAUACAAGCUCAAGUUACCCCCGCCUAACCAAGGUGUAGACCCAGAACUUCUGGUGAUGUUAUUCCCCUUGCAUCAGGCGCUACUACCGCCCUUGUACUAUCUCACCACGACGAGCCUUUUGCCAGCCGAGUUGCAUUUGCUUUCCAUUGGGCUCAUCAACCUCCUCUUAUUCUCGGAAACUCCUCAAGCAACCAUACUCACUGUCUUGCUGUGGCUAGGCGGGCUGGGUGUUUUCUUGCUUUGCGGCAGGAUCUUGAAGUGGGGUGUUGCACUUGCACGCAUUCCGCGAUGGAGGCUUCGGCGUGCUGGCCAAGUCAUCCGAGCUCGACAGAAUUUCUUGCAGGUCCUGAACCACAGCCUGGGUUCCAGGCGCGGCGGGAGUGGUUCGGUGAGAAAUGCGAGUGAUAGUGAUGCGGAUGAAGAAGAUCCUGCAUUUGAAAAUGCUCUCCACAAGACUAAGAGUCUGAAAGUCAACAUUCUAGAUUCUGCGAAACACAGCAGACUUCGCAUGGACGGCGAUGAGCCACGAUCCGCGGUUGAAGCGACAAAUACGGGCUUUCAGCAAUCGAAUGGUGGCGAAAGAGCCAACCAUAGCAGCGGACGCAGGCGAAGGAACACCCUUCCAGUUCUCGUCGCUGAAGACCAUACAUCAAAGCAUCAGUACUCGAGUCGAAAACGAUCGAGAUCAAUUGUGCAGUCCUACCUGUCGCUCACACCGACCGAGGCCACCAUGAGGAAGUGGUUGUACGCAGGAUACUUCUAUGCGAUUGUAGUCGCGCUAAUACUUGGACCAAUUCGGUAUACUAUCGGCGAACAUGCUCUCCACCACAACGAACCGUUUGGAUGGGCCAUCAGCUACCUCUUCGGCAAUGUACCACGCGUGCGAUGGGAGGUGUUCCAGUGGAAUUUGGACUGGUGGGUCCCACUACCGACGAGACUGGAUUCUGACGACAUGCUCGAAUCCGCACAACAUCUAUCACCUGCGGAGUAUGUGCGUUUCUUAGUGGUAGGCGAAGCAAACACACGUCUCUUGCUGUGCUUGUACUGUGCCGGAACUAUCAUUGCCGGCCUUGUUGCAGUCUUCUCACUUUCCGCGGUUGUAGAAGUCGAUACGCGCAGAAAGGUGUUCCAUGGCACCAUGGUCGCGAUGCUUCUUCCGACCAUCUUCAUCGAUCCUUGUUUUGUCGCACUAGCCCUUGCGUUGGUGCUUGCGAUAUUUCUCCUUCUGGAUCUGAUUCGUGCCUCGCAACUGCCACCACUGUCGAAACCCAUUGCUAGGUUCCUCACGCCGUACGUAGACGGUCGUGAUCUCCGGGGUCCAGUAGUAGUAUCACACAUCUUUCUCCUCAUAGGCUGCGCAAUACCGCUUUGGCUAUCGCUCGCAGGUAUAGAACGGGCUGGCGAUGAGCCAUGGCAAGGGUGGGAUGUCAAGGAUAGGGAUGUGAGUAUGGUGGCAGGGGUGGUUUGUGUUGGCAUGGGCGACGCCGCGGCAUCUCUCAUUGGCCGUCGCUACGGACGGCGGAAGUGGCCAUGGGCCGGCGGCAAGUCACUCGAGGGCUCCCUAGCAUUUGCAUUUGCAGUGUCGAUAGGGCUCGUUGUGAGUAGAGUCUGGCUUGACGUUGGGUGGGACAGUGGCCAGGCAGGGCAGAAGACAACGAGCGAGUGGGUACAAGACGCACUGCUCAUGGUCGGCAAGGCAGGUCUAUGUGCGGCGGGGGCGAGCCUCAACGAGGCGGUGCUCACAGGCGGAAACGACAAUGUGAUAGUGCCAGUCAUACUAUGGGCUCUUGUGAGGGGUGUCAGGCUGUAG